CAAGCGUCGCGUAAGCACGCCGCACAGUGAAGCCCACUCCCUGCCAUAUUCCUUGCGCAACCAGCUCGACGCCGGAAGGUUCAAGAACGAAGAUGGCGCCGAAGCGACCUACCACCCCUGAACGGCCACGCAGUAAACGCAUUCAGGCGGCUGCGAAACAGGCUGCCAAAGGGGCCCAAGAAGAAGCAAAGGCUGUUGCUGCGGAGGCGAACACGAAGAAGAAGCGAGCAAGUCCUGGCCGACCGAAGGGUUCCACUAAGAAGGUUACCACUGGGCGCGUGACUAAGAAGGCCAGCCCGAAGAAGAAAGCCACCCCAGAGAAGAAGGCCACGCCGAAGAAGCCGGCCGCCGCGACCACUACCAAGAAGGCUGCUGGUGCUAAGAAGGCGGCGCCGAAGAAGCAUGCCGUCGACGCGGAUCAUGCCGAUGAUGAUGAGCAUGCCGCGAAGAAGAAGCAUACUCUUAAAGAACUGUUCCCGUCUAGUGACGAGGUUUUGCGCAUGGCGGACUGCCUUGGGCGGAUGGCCCCAAUGAGGACCUUCCGAAACCCGCCCGGGAGCCACUCUCACGACAAGCCCAAGCCGGACAAACGGCCUGCCUCGACUCAGUCUAAAUGCAAGGUGAGCAAGGGAUCGUCCUCUACUGGCGGGCUCGGACGGUCUUCCUCUAAGCCGCCAGUGGGUAAGCAAGGCAAGCACGACAAGCACGACCAUCACGACGACCAUGACCAUCAUGGCAAGGCUGGCAAGCAAGGCUCAUCCGGACGCUCAUCAUCCAAGCCUCCGGCGAGCAAGCCCGGGUCCAGGGAGCACACUCCGGCUGGUAAGGAAAAGUCUCACGGUCAUUCUGACCACCAUCCUCGCCACCACUCUCACGAGCCCGAGGGCGUCGUCAAGAACGUCUCGGAGUCCCUCAAGAGCGGCAUGGACAUGGUCGGCAACAGAAUGGGUGAGGCGAUGGAAGCUGCUUCGCAUUACGUUGGUGCUGGUGGGCGCGCACGAUCGAAGUCGCCGGGCAAGUCCAAGCAUUGAAUGGAGAGACGGCGGCAGAGUUCGACAGUUGUCUGUUGCGUGUUGGUCUCAAUCCUGGUGUCGGCAUUGUGUUGCGCGAAUGGCACGAGGACGCGCACCCGUAUGAGGUUCAUUGCCGUGAGCAGGUUGAGCGUUAUAUCAGUACCUAAUCAUUACUGCACGUUCCAAACAUUACCGUAUAUCACCUCCUUCGUAUGCCCGUCAGCACCAUGCUGAGCGUUUUGUUUACAUGACUGGCUGUGCACAUGGCGACGUCGCCAUUCAGCGAAUAGUGAGGCGCUCGGCAGGGGGCAACGCCGCUGGCUUGAGGCAAACUAUGAUCGGGACAGACUGGUGCGACUGGUGGUGCAUA